AUACUGCUACCCCUCGAUCAUACGACCACGAUGGCUCCGAGCCGUGAAAUGUUUACAGACAGAGCCUACAACGCCAUAGAGAAAGCAGCAGAUGAAGCAGAAGAGCAUGGCCACCCACAGGUGGUGCCUGCCCACCUUGGCUACGUGCUCAUUAACGGAGAGGAUGAGGAGGGGAGUGAUGACAUCCCGAUGUUCAAACAGGUUAUUGAAAAGGCUGGAGGAGACGCUGAUUCGAUGAGCCGAUAUCUGAAGAAAAUCAUCGUCCGGCUACCCGCACAAUUCCCUGCCGUCUCCCAAGUCUCACUCUCUUCAGCACUGACCGAGGCCAUGGCUACCGCAUACAAACUAUCAAAGAAACAGAAGGAUUCUUACGUUGCAAUCUACCACCUUAUCUCAGCUCUCGUGCAGGAGAGAACCAUGGAACAUGGCCUCAGGGAAGCCGGAGUCUCAUCCACUAGCAAGAUCGACGAGGCUCUGACGGAAAUGCGCGGCUCGAAGAAGAUAGACAGCAAGACCGCAGACUCGACAGACGGAAACGAAUGGCUAAAGAAAUUUACCGUUGAUAUGACCGCUUUGGCAAGGGAGGGAAAAAUUGACCCUGUCAUUGGGCGGGAGGAAGAAAUGCGAAGAGUAAUUCGCAUUUUGAGUCGGCGGACAAAGAAUAACCCCGUCUUGGUUGGCGAGCCUGGUGUUGGAAAGACAACAGUUGUCGAGGGCCUGGCGAGACGUAUCGUCAACUCAGACGUUCCCGCCAGCUUGGCCAAAUGCAAGCUGCUAUCUCUCGAUAUAGGUGGCCUGAUUGCUGGUGCCUCUUACCAGGGCCAGUUCGAGGAACGAAUCAAAAAUGUGUUGAAAGAAAUCGAAACUUCAGAAACAACCAUCAUCCUGUUCAUUGAUGAGAUCCAUAUGCUCAUGGGCGCUGGCGCCUCCUCGACGGGUGGAAUGGAUGCCGCUAAUCUUUUGAAGCCGAUGCUCGCGAGAGGCCAGCUACACUGCAUUGGAGCAACUACCCUUAACGAAUACCAGAAAUACAUUGAAAAGGACUCUGCCUUCGAACGUCGUUUCCAGCAAGUCCUUGUCCCCGAACCUACAGUCCCCGAGACCAUCUCUAUCCUUCGGGGUCUCAAAGAGCGAUACGAAGUUCACCACGGAGUCAACAUCCUUGACUCAGCCAUAGUUUCUGCUGCUACUCUUGCUGCUCGCUACCUCACCACGCGACGACUACCCGAUUCUGCAGUCGAUCUUAUCGACGAGGCUGCUGCAUCGGUAAGAGUAACCCGUGAAUCGCAGCCGGAGGCACUUGACCUCUUAGAGAGACGGUAUCAACAGCUUCAAAUUGAAAUCCACGCGCUGGAACGUGAGCAGGACAAAGAUUCCAAGAUUCGACUUGAAAAUGCGAAAAAAGAGGCCGAGAUUGUCAAUGCACAGUUGGUGCCGCUGCGCGACAAAUACCUAAAAGAAAAAGAACUCAGCCAGACCAUACAAGAGGCCAAGAUUAAGCUAGAGUCUCUUAAAAUCCGGCUUGACAACGCAACACGAGCUGGAGACACUCAGAGAGCGUCAGACCUGGCCUACUAUGCUAUCCCAGAUGUGGAAAAACGAAUCAGCUCCCUGGAGCGUGUGAAAGCCAAGGCCGACGCUGAAGCCCAUAAGAAUGGAGGAGAAUCUGACUCUCUUGUUGUUGAUGCCGUCGGGCCUGACCAGAUCAAUGAGAUUGUUGGCCGAUGGACAGGUAUUCCCAUUACUCGGUUGAAGGCAACGGAAAAGGACAAGUUGCUGAACAUGGAACAGCAACUAUCUAAAGUUGUCAUCGGCCAGAAGGAGGCUGUCAAAUCAGUGUCAAAUGCAAUUCGACUGCAACGAUCUGGCCUUAGCAAUCCCAACUCACCUCCAAGUUUCCUAUUCUGCGGGCCGUCAGGAACGGGAAAGACGCUUCUAACCAAGGCACUGGCAGAAUUCUUGUUUGAUGACCCAAAUGCAAUGAUUCGCUUUGACAUGUCUGAAUAUCAGGAGCGUCAUUCGCUGAGUAGGAUGAUAGGUGCUCCUCCUGGAUAUGUUGGCCACGAUGCUGGUGGUCAAUUGACCGACGGCCUAAGACGUCGCCCAUUCUCGAUCCUACUAUUCGAUGAGGUCGAAAAAGCUGCAAAGGAGGUUCUCACUGUCCUCCUACAGUUGAUGGACGAUGGCCGAAUCACCGACGGCCAAGGCCGCAUUAUCGAUGCCAAAAACUGCAUCGUUGUCAUGACCUCCAACCUGGGCGCAGAAUAUCUGAGCCGCCCGACUCUCCCCGAUGGAUCCAUUGAUCCAACCACGAAACAGUUGGUCUUGAAAGCAUUGAGCGACUACUUCCUUCCCGAAUUCCUCAACCGCAUAUCUAGUACCGUCAUAUUCAACCGACUCCCCAAGCGUGAGAUUCGCAAGAUUGUUGAUGUCCGGCUGGUUGAGAUUCAGAAGCGACUUGACAACAAUGGCCGCCGGGUGAAGAUUAUGUGCUCGCCUGAGGUUAAAGACUACCUCGGCAAGGCAGGUUAUUCACCAGCAUACGGUGCUCGACCAUUAGCUCGAAUCAUUGAGAAGGAACUUCUGAAUAACCUGGCUGUCUUUAUCUUGCGGGGAAGUAUCAAAGAUGGAGAAGUUGCUCGUGUGGUGAUGCAUAAUGGGCGCAUCGCAAUUAUUCCGAACCACAAAGAGGAGGACCCAGAUGCUAUGGAGACGUCGUCUGAUGGUGAGGAUUAUGAUACCGAAGAUGAAGAGGAUGAAGAGGACGACGGGCUCUAUAACAACGAAGUCAUGACACACGAAUUUUCUCUUUUAUGA